UAUAAACCGACAACUUUCACCGACCAUUACCACCUCUCCGCUUCUCUUGCUCUGGAUAUGCACCGGCAGAUCUAUGCGCCAUCACGAACAUGCAUUUCGUCAAGCCUUUAUGGUUAACGCACCCAGGUGAACUCAGAGACUUUGAUGUAUACAGUUGUCACGUCUCGCCCGAUGGAAACAGACUAGUCACAGCUGCUGGAGAUGGGUUCGUCCGGGUCUGGUCUACUGAAGCCAUAUACAAGUCGCAUGAUCCGGAGUAUACCAAACCGAAGCAGCUCGCUGCAAUCAGUCACCAUUCUGGCACAAUCCAUACAGUACGAUUCUCGGGGAAUGGGAAAUAUCUAGCGUCUGGGGCAGACGACAAGAUUGUCUGUGUAUACGUUCUUGAUCCGAACCCUCCAACACAUGGUUCAACGUUUGGCUCGAAUGAACCACCACCAGUCGAGAAUUGGAGGGUCCUUCGACGCCUCAUUGGGCAUGACAACGAUGUACAAGAUCUUGGUUGGUCGGAAGACUCGUCGAUCUUGGUAUCGGUUGGACUAGAUUCGAAAAUUGUAAUCUGGUCAGGGCAUACUUUCGAAAAACUGAAGACUCUAUCAAACCACCAAAGUCACGUCAAGGGUAUUACAUUCGAUCCCGCGAACAAAUACUUUGCUACAGCUAGCGACGACCGCACAAUCAAGGUCUUCCGAUUCACAUCCCCUCCUCCGCAUGCCACCGCUCAAGACCAGGUCAACAAUUUCAUCCAAGAGACCACCAUAAUCGCCCCAUUCGCCGCUUCACCUCUUACCACAUACUUCCGUCGAUGCUCUUGGUCACCGGAAGGGAAUCAUAUCGCCGCAGCGAAUGCCGUUAACGGGCCUGUCAGCUCGGUGGCCAUCAUAAGCCGAGGUAGCUGGGACAGCGACAUAAAUCUCAUAGGACACGAAGGGCCUGUUGAAGUAUGUGCUUUCUCUCCAAGAUUGUUCUAUCGUGAACCGCUUGGGCCGCAACAUAUCGAUGCACAAGGCCGGCCAACACUACAGUCUGUGACAGUUGUCGCCUGUGCAGGCCAAGAUAAGACGCUCAGCAUCUGGAAUACAAGUUUUGCGAGACCAUUUACCGUGACUGCAGAAAUAGCAAAUAAAGCGAUAUCCGACUUGGCUUGGGCACCGGAUGGAGAAACACUAUUCGUCACAAGUUUGGAUGGAAGCAUUAUGGCAGUAAUAUUCGAGAAGGGAGAAUUGGGAUAUCCGGCGUCCCUCUCGGAGAAUGAAAAGUCGCUUUCUAAAUUUGGUGCUGGUAGAAGGGUCGGUCUGAUUGAGAGCACAGAUGCACUUCUCCUAGAAGAGAGUAGCAAAGCUGGAGAAGACAAGGCUGUGCAAGGGCGAAUGGGUGAGCUUAUGGGAGAUGCUGGAGCGGCUGCUGCAACGGCAGGAAACAAUGGCACCGUACCCCCGGCGAAGACGAACGGCAUAGUACCCGUGACAAAUGGAACAGCCCCAGAAGCAGCAGCAGCAGCUCCACCACCACCACCACCAACAGAUCCUAAGGUCGAGCGAUUAAAGACUCGGGUAACAUAUGUCAAUGGAAAGAAGCGGAUCCAGCCAAUGCUUAUAUCUUCCGCCUCAGGCUUAGCCGAAUCAUCCCUUCCUCAAACAAAACUAGUUUCUGCAGCUGCACAAGGACUUCGAAACGACGCACCCCACAGUGUCUUGGAUCUGUCGAAGCCUUACGACGGUCUGCCUAAAGGUGGCCUUCCUGCUAUGCUAUUCGGUAACAAACGGAAAUUUGCAGAAAUCGAGGGUGACGAUGAUCGAAGGGUUGAAAAGAGAAUAGCGAGUGGUGUACGAAAUGGCGCGGCUCCUAUUGUUAUCAACGGGACAGAUGGCCUUACACCUCCUAACUCAGUUUCACGAAAUGACGGUCAAGAUGUCCCUAGUGUACUGAGGCCUGCUAUUCUUAAUCCAGCUAUAUCGAUGAGCCAAGUCCGACUAGCUAUACCUAUGGUCAGGAGUACUAUAGUGAGGACCAUGGAUGGUAGUGACCCAGAGAAGACUUCGGAUGACACAAUAAUUCUGGAGGCUCGAAACGCGGCCGGACCCUCGAGAACUGGUAGAACACAGGAUCGGGAUCCUGCGAGGAUAAAUUGCACGAGAAAGAACCAGUCAAUAUGGCAAGACUAUCUGCCGAGAUCAGUCCUCCUCGUUACCGGAAACUUGAAUUUCUGGGCCGCAGCUUGUGAAGAUGGGUCCAUAUACACCUGGACACCCGCAGGCCGGCGACUGCUAAACGCCAUAGUCCUUGAAGCGCAACCAGUGAUCAUGGAUUGCAGGGGGUGGUAUUUAAUGUGCGUAACAGCUGUGGGCAUUUGCCAUGUCUGGAACAUAAAAACACAAGCAUCGCCACAUCCUCCUGUUUCUCUUGCCCCUAUUUUGGACAUUGCUGUUGCAGCACAAGGACCGCAUCUCACUACGGCACCCGGUAUAGUCUUCGCUCGCAUGAACUCUGCUGGUAGAAUCAUAGUCGCAAUGUCAAAUGGCGACGGCUAUACUUACUCUCCGACAAUGUUUACCUGGCAACGACUAUCAGAAGCUUGGUGGGCUGUUGGUAGCCAGUACUGGAACACAACAGACUCGUCGAUGAGCAAUAUUCAGAACUCGAAAGAUAAAUCGAAGGCCGCUAAUGACAACGAUGAGGUUUCGAUAGAAAACAUUUCUGCUGGGAUCAUACCUCAAUUGGAAAGGAAUACGACGAAUCACACUCUCUUACGUGGGCGUGCUUUCUAUCUACAGCGUCUUAUCAAAGCACUACUCUCUGCGGAAGGUUAUGAGGGAUUCGAAGCAAGCGUAUCCAUUGCACAUCUUGAGAAUCGGGUUGCGGCCGCUCUGACCCUGGGUGCAAAGGAAGAAUUCAAGAUAUAUCUCCUCAUGUAUGCCAAGCGACUCGGUGCUGAGGGCUUGAGGGGCAAGGUGGAAGAGCUUCUGCGGACAUUGGUUGGGUCCUUGUUGAGCGAUGAAGAAGAUGACGAUGAUUCAAAAGCGAAUGCCGAGAAGGAUGAGAUCUGCGGCUGGAAGAGAGAAGACAUCUUGAAGGAUGUCGUUCUUAUUCUCGGCAAAUACAGAGACCUCCAACGCGUGACAACGGAAUAUGCAUCUUUCCUUAACAUGAUGCAUGAAAAGCCUGAAGGCCAGGCAAUGAUUACGGACUCCUAGGUGGAGUGUGGGCACUAUAGCACGGCGUUUGGUAUUUACACCUCAACGUUUCCUAUUGUAUGGUUCAUUAUCAAGUCUGCGGGCUUGGUGGGCGUAUCAGUCCCAAGGACGCCACUGCGCAGGCGUCUGCAUUGUAUAAAACUUUCCGGCUUGCCGAAGCAUUGUAGAAGUAUUGAAUCUCGUGGAUCUGUGUGCUGCACUUCAAUUGAUCGUAUUGAUCAAAUCUUCCUAUCUACUCUAGAUCCGACAGACGCUACCCCACCCCAGUCAAUGGCUUGGCCCACGCGUCCGC